AUGUUCAAUAGCGAUGAGCAAGCCCCCCCACCAUACGACUUCAUAGACAAGACCAUCACACCCCCGCGAAAUCCAUUGGCAGAAUCUCACCAACAUCAAUUCACAUCGAGGAACGUAGCUAGUGUCUCACCAGCUCUUGCAGCUCCUAACAACCCCAUCCUCCUCGCUCGUCUUUUUGGCACAGGCCUAAGCACAAAACUAAUAGUCUCCACCCGAACAUCAUUGGAGGCCUACAACGCCAUAGUUGGCUCACAUCUCUGGCAAAUACACGGUCGUGACUCUUCAGUCAUGAGCGAUGGUGUCCCCACACAGUUCACGACCAAAAUCAGCUCCUCAUAUCACGGGAACCUGGUCAGUGCCUUGGUCGACGACGACGCGGAAAAUCCCAGGUUCAUCAUCAUUGACGGGAACACAGGCGACCUCGUACACCGAUUCAAACUACACGAGGACUGUGGCGACUUUUCCUGCCUGUCCCAUACGAAGUCCAUGCUUGGGAUAUUCUACUGGACGGGGAAUGAGGCGAGCCGUAUCAUCGCACAGCCCAUCAAGCCGAUCGAUGGGGCGCAACCCAGUUCAUUCUGGGCCGAAAAGGUUCCCGCGGGCCGCUGUGUCACCAUGGCGUUCGCGCCGGAUGAGAGGCACAUCAUCGUUUGCCAGGGACCUGACGUCCCCCCAGCUAGCGGUAUUGGUGAUAUUGAUACCCGGAGGCACGGGCAGAUGGGCAAGAGCUCCGAGAAGACUGACUCCGGGACAAAGAAGGACGCAAGCCGGAAACCCAAGAACACCGACUUCACUGUCGACAUCUACGUCUACAACUUUGCCAGGGGGGAGUGUGUCCGCCGGCUCACCUUCCCCGACAAAUCUCCAGGUUUCAUGGGUCCAUUCCAACGACCCGCAUUCACGUCGCAGUUUCACUUCCCCAAUCAGUACAACUGGCUAGUCUCGUUCCCCGACUAUGGCUCCGUCAGCGGUGCCGAAACGAUGGCAAGUAUCCUUGCCAAACAGAGUAUGGCCGGUAAGAUGCGGGCGGAACUCCAUUGGUCGCUUCUGGGGCUUGACAGUCAGACAGGCAUAUGGACAAAAUUAGAGGAGAAGCCCACGGUGCUGACAACCUCGUGCAAGACACUGAUCAUCACCAAGUGGCAGGAGGGUUUUACGGGAGCCGGUCCGGUAACAGAAACGUUGACGGUUGGGUCGGGUGAUAGUUGGAGUUUGUCUCCGGAUGGUACCUACUUGGCAAUCCAACGGGCUGGUGGUGUUGAGAUUAAUAUUAUAGCCUUGAGGAGGUGCAUUUGA